AUGACGACACAGCUGAUUCCCUCUCAUUUGAAAGAUCCUAAGGUUGUCUUCGAAAAUCGACUUCCAACCAGAGCUUAUACUUAUGAUCCUGAUAUCUUUCAGUCAUUGAAUGGCAAAUGGUCUUUCAAAUUGUUCGACUCUCCUAUUUUGUCACCCGACUUGACAAAGCUCAGAAAUUCAGACUUUGAUUCUUGGAGUUCGAUAUCAGUUCCAUCCCAUUGGCAAUUGCAGGGUGAUGGAAAAUAUGGGCGUCCUCAUUACACAAAUGUGCAGUUUCCUUUUCAAAUUGAUAUUCCAAAUCCUCCAACACUAAACCCAACUGGUGUCUACUCGAGACAGUUCUAUAUUUCCAACCCUGAAGAAUUUAAUCACAGGAUUAGAUUUGAAGGUGUUGAUAAUAGCUUUGAGGUUUAUGUCAAUCAGAAGUACGUUGGAUUCAACAAGGGUUCUCGUAAUGGAGCUGAAUUUGAUGUACAGAAGUUGCUGGUUCAGGGCCAAAACUUGGUCUCUGUGAAAGUCUUUCAGUGGUCCGAUUCUUCUUACAUUGAAGACCAGGAUCAAUGGUGGCUUUCAGGUAUUUUCAGAGAUGUUUCAUUGCUCACUUUACCCAGGGCUGCACAUAUUGAAAACUAUAAGGUGGAUCCGAGAUUUCUUGGCUCCAGUUACAAGGAUGCCAGAUUACUUCUAGAUCUAAGUGUUGUUGGUACCGACUAUGACUCUGUAAAGUUUACUUUGUAUGAUUUUGAAGAUCCCCACAAAAGUAUCGAUACCGAAGCUUUGCUGAAUGACUUUGACAAGCCAAUAACCUCAGCAAUCAAGUUUGUUAAAUUCAGCAAGGAAGAUGCCCAGAAAACUCUAGAGAUUUCUGUCACUACUCCAAAGCAUUGGACUGCAGAAGACCCUUACUUGUAUAAAUAUGCUUUGGAGUUGAUCAGAGUGGAUGGAACUUCUGUUCAUACUGUCCACAAUCACGUUGGAUUCAGACAGAUUGAACGUUUGGAUGGUAACAUUAAGGUUAAUGGCAGGACAAUCCUCUUCAGAGGUGUUAACAGGCACGAGCAUCACCCUAGAUAUGGUAGGGCAGUUCCUCUAGAGUUUGUCAUCAGGGACUUGAAAAUCAUGAAACUCCACAACGUCAAUGCUGUCCGUACAUCUCAUUACCCGAACCAUCCAAGAGUGUACAAUUUCUUCGACAAGCUAGGUUUCUGGAUUAUUGAUGAGGCCGAUUUGGAAACUCAUGGUGUUCAGGAACCUUAUAACAGAUACAACGAUAUCGUUACAGAGGGCAGUGACACUAAACAUGCCAACUAUGAUGCAAACGUUCGCUUCUUGUCAAGCAAUCCAGACUACAAGACGGCUUAUUUGGAUCGGGCAUCACAAUUGGUGUUACGUGAUAUAAACCAUCCUUCUGUGAUCCUUUGGUCUCUUGGUAAUGAAGCCGGUUAUGGUACUAACCAUCAAUUGAUGUACAAAUUGAUCAAGAAGCUAGAUUCUUCCAGACUUGUUCACUAUGAGGGCGAUGUUAACGCCAAAACUGCUGAUGUGUAUAGUUUCAUGUAUCCACCUUUAGACUUGAUGGAAAGAUGGAGGAAAAAUCAUACUGACAGCAAUGGAAAGUUUGAUAAGCCAUUAAUUUUGUGCGAAUAUGGUCAUGCUAUGGGCAAUGGUCCCGGUAACCUAAAGGAAUAUCAAGACAUGUUCUACAGUCAUGACUUUUACCAAGGAGGCUUCAUUUGGGAAUGGGCCAAUCAUGGUAUCGAGUUUGAGACUAUUAGUAGAAAAGAUGGAAAGCUCCACAAGGCUUACGCAUAUGGCGGUGACUUUAAUGAAGAGAUCAACGAUGGAAUUUUUAUCAUGGAUGGUUUAUUGAACUCUGAGCACAAUCCAACACCAGGUGUGGUUGAACUAAAAAAGACAUUGGAACCCGUUGUCAUUGAUUUGACAUCAUCUAAAGUUAAGAUAACUAACAGGUAUGACUUCUCUACGACCGAUCAUUUGAAGUUUUUGGAUGUCGACAAUGAUAAAGUUUUGGAGGUCACCUCCUUGAAGCCGGGUGAAUCUAUCACUUUAGAUGUCACCACCAAGAACGUAUCGGCUGUAUUGAAGAGGGACUCUGGCGUACUAAAAGCUGGAUUUGAAGUUGCAUGGGGUCAACUCGAACCAGAUCUACAGGUUAUAGAGCCCACUUCAGAGACAGUCAGAGAUGAAGCUGCUAUUUUAGAGACUGCUCAACUUGUUACUAUUACUUCAAAAAACGUUGUUUUUGAAUUCAAUAAACUCCUUGGAAAAAUUGAACGGUUGACAAUCGGCGAUAGGACUGUAAGUACCAAGUAUGAUGGCUCUUCAAUUACAUUUUGGAGACCACCAACAAACAACGACAAUGCAAAGGAUGCUCCGAACUGGAAGAAGUUCAACAUGAACUUAGUCAAACAAAAUGUUCGUGAAGUCAUUGUAAAAAAGGGCACAGGCGAGUAUUUGGCGAAGGUGAUUGUCAAGUCUCGGGUUGGUCCGCCUGUUUUCUAUUACGGAUUUGAUGUCAUUCAAGAAUACAUUAUCUUCCCGAACAGGCUAACUUUACACACUACUUUGAAGUUAACUGGUGAUUACCAGCCAAAGGAUAUUCCUAGGAUUGGUUAUGAAUUCUGGCUAGGUGAUAAUUAUGAUUCUUAUGAAUGGACUGGUCGUGGCCCUGGAGAAUCUUAUCCGGACAAGAAGCUUUCUCAAAGGUUUGGCAAUUUUAACUCUAAUGGGGUGGAAGACUUCGUCUACGACUAUCCUCAAGAGAACGGUAAUCAUACCGAAACUCACUAUUUGAAGAUCAAAUACAAGAAUGCAGAAAAACUGGUGAUUUCUGAAAAAAACAAAACUUUUAACUUCAAAUUAAGUGACGAAUAUGGCGUCGAAGAAGCUGAUCAUCCAUGUGAUGUCAAACAUUAUGAUCAGUAUUAUGUCAGAUUGGAUCAUGCUAUUCAUGGUGUUGGUUCCGAAGCUUGUGGACCUGCUGUUCUCGACAAAUACAGACUCGACAUUCAAGACUUUGAUUUUACUUUUGAUAUUGAUUUCGAUUAG